AUUGUGUAAGAUUAAUCAUGUAACCAUGGUCAUGUCAUUAUGACCCACGUACAACUUAUCUGGCUGAGAAUCAGGAACAUUAAUGAGAGAGUGAGGGGGAAUAUAUUAGGAUAUUUUUAGUUUGUUUUAAAUUUCACGUCCCUGUCCUCCACAGAUGCCAAUCAUGAAGGGGCAGCGGAGGGCAUCGAGAACAUGGCCGACGCAGUCACACAUGCAAGAUUUGUGGGCACCGACCCUGCCAGUGAUGAGGUGGUGCUGAUGAAAAUCCUCCAGGUUUUAAGGACUUUGCUGCUGACUCCCGUUGGAGCCCAUCUGACCAAUGAAUCUGUUUGUGAGAUCAUGCAGUCCUGUUUCCGUAUAUGCUUUGAAAUGAGAUUAAGUGAGCUGCUGAGAAAGUCAGCUGAGCACACGCUGGUGGACAUGGUGCAGCUGCUCUUCUCCAGAUUGCCACAGUUCAAAGAGGAGGCCAAGAGUUAUGUGGGCACUAACAUGAAGAAGGCUUACAAUAUCUUAUGGAAAAACAAACGAGUGCAGCUAAAGAUGAGAGCCGGGGGAAUGAGCGAGUCGUCCAAGUGGAAGAAACAGAAGCGUUCUCCCCGCCCCCCUCGUCACAUGGUACGCAGUCCCUCAGGACAGAUGGAUCCAGGCCAGUCCAGCACCCUCACCAACAACCUUUCAGGUGGAGUUCCUUUCAUAGAGCAGCACAGUGGAGGUUCUUCUACUCUUCCUGGUUCAGACAGUGCAGCGUCCUCCAUCUCCAGCCCCACCACUGACAGUGACUUAGACACCGGCUCUAAAACCACGUCAAAGGAAGAUCUCACAGAUCUGGAGCAGAGCAACUCAACGGCCACCACUCCCAUGACACCCUCCGCAGAGCCAGGCAGACUGGAAUCACAGUCUGAGGGCAGGGAAGUGGAGCGUGCCCAGUCGGCCUCAGUCGAGUCCAUUCCUGAAGUCCUGGAAGACCGAGACUUGCUGGCUGACCAGUCGGAUUCGGCAUCAGUUCACGACAUGGACUACGUGAACCCGAGAGGUGUGCGCUUUACACAGUCCACCCAGAAAGAGGGUGCUGCUCUAAUCCCGUACGGUCUCCCAUGCCUGAGAGAGCUCUUCCGGUUCCUCAUCUCUCUCACCAACCCACAUGACCGCCAUAACUCUGAUGUGAUGAUGCAUAUGGGCCUCCAGCUGUUAAACGUGGCCCUAGAAGCUGCACACAUCGCCCCCUACCAGUCAUUGCUCUGUCUUGUCAAAGAUGAGCUCUGUAGGCACCUCACACAGUUGUUGAGCGUGGACCGAAUGAAUCUGUAUGCCGCCUCCAUACGCGUGUGUUUUCUUCUCUUUGAAAGCAUGCGAGAACAUCUGAAGUUUCAGCUUGAGAUGUACCUGAAGAAGCUAAUGGACAUCAUUACCUCAGAGAACCCUAAAAUGCCCUAUGAGAUGAAGGAGAUGGCUUUGGAGGCCAUCGUGCAGCUCUGGAGAAUCCCCAGCUUUGUCACAGAGCUCUAUAUAAAUUACGACAGUGACUUUUACUGCUCCAACCUGUUUGAGGACCUCACCAAACUGCUCUCUAAGAAUGCCUUUCCAGUGUCUGGGCAGCUCUACACAACCCAUCUCCUGUCACUCGAAGCCCUACUGACAGUGAUUGACAGCACAGAGGCUCAUUGUCAGGCCAAAGUGCUCAACAGCGCUGCACAGCAGGACCAGUCAGAAUCAACGACAGUAGGAGGAGACAGUUCGGUCAAUACAAUCACCGAUUCAACAACAGAGGCUGGCAAAUCUGCACCCAGUUCUAAUAGGCAGAAUGCUGUAGUGUCAGACACGAGGACUGCCUGUCCUCCCACCAGUGGUCAUCUGAUGGCAGAGAAGAUGAGAUUAGAUAGACAGGACCAGGAGGAGACAGAUACGGAGAAGAAAAGCUUGAAGAAGCCUCAUCGCUUCACCAGCUGUCUUCCAGACUCUCAGGAACUUUUAGAGAUCAAGAACAAGAAGAAGCUUCUGAUCACGGGUACAGAGCAGUUCAAUCAGAAGCCCAAGAAGGGAAUUCAGAUCCUGCAGGAGAAAGGCCUGCUCAGCAGCCCCAUGGACAAUAAUGAAGUGGCCCAGUGGCUGAGAGAAAACCCCCGCCUGGACAAGAAGAUGAUCGGAGAGUUUAUCAGUGACCGCAGGAACACUGACUUGCUCGACAGUUUUGUCAACACGUUCACCUUCCAGGGCCUGCGCAUAGACGAGGCGCUCCGCUUGUAUCUGGAGGCAUUCCGUCUUCCUGGCGAAGCGCCUGUCAUUCAUCGGCUCUUGGAAACCUUCACUGACAACUGGCAAAAAGUGAACGGUAAUCCCUUCCAGUCAAACGAUGCUGGCUUCGCCCUGGCUUAUGCAGUCAUCAUGCUAAACACCGAUCAGCACAACCAUAACGUUCGAAAGCAGAACAUCCCCAUGACGUUGGAGCAAUUCAAGAAGAAUCUCAAAGGUGUGAAUGGAGGAAAUGACUUUGAUCAAGACAUGCUGGAAGACAUCUACAAUGCCAUCAAGAACGAGGAGAUUGUGAUGCCUGAUGAGCAAACGGGGCUGGUGAAGGAGAACUAUGUGUGGAGUGUUCUGCUGCACAGAGGAGCCUCGUCUGAAGGGAUAUUCCUGCAUGUGCCUGAAAGCAGUUACGACCGCGACCUCUUCACCAUGACCUGGGGACCCACCAUUGCUGCCCUCUCCUACGUUUUUGACAAGAGUCUAGAUGACACUAUCAUUCAGAAAGCCAUCGCUGGGUUCAGGAAAUGUGCCAUGAUCUCUGCACAUUAUGGCUUCAGUGAUGUCUUUGAUAACUUGAUCAUUUCACUCUGCAAGUUUACUACUCUGAGCUCUGAGUCUGUAGAGAACCUGCCCACUGUGUUUGGCAGUAACAGGAAGGCUCAAGUUGCUGCCAAGACCGUGUUCAGCCUGGCCCAUCGUCAUGGUGACAUUUUACGAGAAGGAUGGAAGAACAUCAUGGACUCCAUGCUGCAGCUUUUUAGAGCUGAGCUCUUACCCAAGUCCUUGGUUGAGGUUGAGGACUUUUUGGACCCUAAUGAGAAGAUUUCCUUACAACGUGAAGAGACACCAUCAAACAGGGGUGAGUCGGCUGUAUUGAGUUUUGUGAGCUGGUUAACAUUGAGUGAACAGUCUGGGCUCAGAGGCCCCUCCACUGAGAACCAGGAGGCCAAACAAGCUGCCCUGCUCUGCAUAAAGCACUGUGACCCAGAAAAGCUGAUUACUGAAAGCAAGUUUCUGCAAUUGGAGUCUUUACAGGAACUCAUGAAGGCUCUCAUCUCGGUGACCCCUGAUGAGGAAACAUACGAUGAAGAAGAUGCUGCUUUUUGUCUGGAGAUGCUGCUACGUAUUAUUCUUGAAAACAGGGACAGAGUAUCAUGUGUUUGGCAAACGGUACGGGAUCAUCUGUACCAGUUAUGCGUCCAUGCCAGUGAGAGCUGCUUCCUGGUGGAGAGAGCAGUGGUGGGAUUGCUCAGACUCGCCAUCCGCUUAUUGCGCAGAGAGGACAUAGGCUCACAGGUUCUCCUCUCUCUUCGCUUGCUGUUGAUGAUGAAGCCUCACGUCCUGUCCAGAGUCUGUCGAGAGGUGGCCUAUGGCUUGCAUGAGCUGCUUAAAACCAAUGCUGCCAACAUCCACUGCACUGACGACUGGUACACGCUCUUUUCACUUUUGGAGUGCAUCGGGGCUGGGAUCAAACCUCCGGCUGCCCUACAGGUUGCCAACACCAACCCAGACAAUGACACAGGUGCUCAGUCAGAUAGCGAACUGAGUUCAUAUCAUCAGAGUGAAGUUAGUCUUGACCGGGGAUAUACGUCUGACUCUGAGGUUUACACCGAGCAUGGCAAAUCCAGAAUACCUCUUUCAGCUACCGAUGUGGAUGUGGGCUGGCUAGUGGUGGGUAAAGAUGAUCUGGAUGGAUCUAAGGCAGCAGUCACUCCAGGUUCAAAGCCCCUGACCUAUCCUCUCAUUAACCAGUACAGUUUAACUCUUGGGCAGGACAUGGGUCUGCAUGACACCAAAUCCCUCAUCAAGUGCGUGGAUUCGCUUUCAUUCAUCGUACGCGAUGCCGCCCAUGUCACUCCAGAAAACUUUGAACUUUGUGUUAAAGCCAUACGAGUGUUUGUGGAGACUAGCCUUAAUGGAGGGUACCGCACCCACGAGAAGAAAAAGAGCCACAAAUAUGACUCCAAAUCCAGCCGGCUCCGAAAGAAGCCACGCGAGAAGGAAGGCACAUCGCGGAGAACCAAAGCGUCCAGUCAGCGGCCCGCCCGUUCCCAUAGCGACGAUGAGGAAGAUGAGGGCGUGCCGGCCAGUUACCACACGGUGUCUUUUCAGGUUAGUCUGGACUUGUUAGACCUGAUGCAUACACUGCACACGCGAGCAGCCGGCAUCUACAGCUCGUGGGCAGAGGAACAGCGCCAUCUAGAGGAUGCUGGCAGAAAGAUCGAGGCAGACUCUCCAACACUAUGGUCCAGCUGCUGGUGUCCUCUCCUUCAAGGUAUGGCUUGGUUGUGCUGUGAUGCACGGAGGCAAGUCCGCAUGCAAGCUCUCACCUACCUACAAAGGGCACUUCUUGUACAUGAUCUACAAACUUUGGAUGCAGUGGAGUGGGAGUCCUGCUUCAACAAGGUCAUGUUUCCUCUGCUGACAAAACUCCUAGAUAACGUCAGUCCAGCUGAUGUGGGAGGCAUGGAGGAGACCAGGAUGAGGGCCUGCACACUGCUUUCUAAGGUGUUCCUGCAGCAUCUCUCUCCUCUGCUCUCUCUUCCCACAUUUGCUGCCCUCUGGCUCACCAUAUUAGACUUCAUGGACAAGUACAUGCACGCCGGCUCCAGCGACCUUCUGCUGGAGGCCAUCCCUGAGUCUCUGAAGAACAUGCUGCUGGUGAUGGACACAGCAGGGAUCUUUCACAGCGCAGACUCCCGUACAGGCUACUCAGAUUUGUGGGAAAUCACCUGGGAGAGAAUCGACUGUUUCCUGCCCCGUCUGAAGGAGGAGCUCUUCAAACAAGCUGUCAUUCCAGAACCUGUGUGUAAUGUUCCUGUGGAGCCUGUCCCACCGCCUGCUGCCGUUACCCCAGCCUCUCCCCCUGUGCCAGGCCCCUCACCAGUGCCAGCUGCCCCCGCAGAGCCAAACAUCCACAGCAGACCCGCGUCACCUCAGGAUACGCCCACACCUAGUGCCAGGGAGAGAAUCGACUGUUUCCUGCCCCGUCUGAAGGAGGAGCUCUUCAAACAAGCUGUCAUUCCAGAAACUGUGUGUAAUGUUCCUGUGGAGCCUGUCCCACCGCCUGCUGCCGUUACCCCAGCCUCUCCCCCUGUGCCAGGCCCCUCACCAGUGCCAGCUGCCCCCGCGGAGCCAAACAUCCCCAGCAGACCCGCGUCACCUCAGGAUACGCCCACACCUAGUGCCAACGGUGAUCGAUCAGACAGAUCAUCUCCAGUUCCUCCCUCAACACCUCCGAUGCCCACUCCAGCAAAGAUGAGUCCUCCCGAGUCCUUGCCGCCGCCUCUGGGCCAGUCUCCGCUCAUCCUGCAGCCCCUCGCCUCUCCGCUGCAAGUGGGUGUCCCGCCGAUGUCCCUGCCAAUCAUCCUGAACCCAGCUCUCAUAGAGGCUACCUCACCCGUGCCCCUGCUGCCCCGGCCACCACUGACUGACCCGCCCCUCAAACAUCAGCCCAAAGAGUGCGUCUGAAGGAGAGGCAUCUGAUUUGACUGUUCACUCGCUGUAGCCCACACUAUUAAAUUACCUGGAACAAGAGCGUGUGAGAGGACAUUGACAUGCAUGGUUGCCUCUCCUCUUUUCAAACAUCAAAGCAACUCCCAAACCGCUCGGAUUUGAAUGUCCUUCAGUUAGAGAUGUUACAUAGAUGAUCGUAUUUAUUCAAAACAGGAAGGUGCCACCCUGGAGGACAGAUCAUUAUUGAUGGGACUGGAUUUCGGUCGGUUAGGUUAACUACACCUGUCAGAGCAGAUUUUAAUGUAUCAGUACGCAGUUGUUACUCAGGCAGUGAUCACAGAGAAUGGCUGAUGGGUAAUGUGUACCGCACACUGGGUCCAGCUAAUGAAACCGUAAAAAAAAAAAAACUACAUUAGCUUUUAUCACCGCUCCAGCUAAAUAAAACUGUACAGUAUGAUGAAGAAAACAAUUUAUUUUGACAAUUCAUAUGGUUUCUUAUUGUGGCUUUUACACUUUAAUUAUAUAGUUUUGCCGUAAAUUGCUCCAGAGAAAAAGUCAGAGAUGUAGCCACGUAAUGUUUGCCAUUCAUGGUUCAUUAGUGAGAAAAUUAAAAGCACAGUUCACCCUAACAUUAAAAUUCUGUCAUUAUUUACUCACCCUCAUGUCAUUUCAAAUCUGUAUGCAUUUUUUUCUUCUGUGGACCUUCUGUAGAAAGUUGGAAACCAAACAAGCUUGUCACCAAAUGACUUUCUAUUGGACCAAAACAUUUCUUUAAACAUCUUUGAUGUUCCACAGAAGAAGGAAAGUCAUUCAGG